AUGAACCAAGAGAUGUCCGGCGGCGAACUCGGUUUGGGCGAGCUCGAAGACAUCAUGGACAUGGCGGACGGAGGAUCCCCGAUCCCAGGCUUUGUCAAAGAUAUGGACAUCCCGGAGUUGACGAAAGCGUUUGAAAUUUUGGGCUCCACGGAAACGUCCUUGGGCGAAGCUUUGUUCGUCGAAAAGUACGGCGAAACUUUGUUCAGACAGUCCGGGUGGACGCCGACCGCGGAAUUGAUCAACGGUCGAUGCGCGCAAAUUGGCUUCGUGUUGGCGCUGUUGAACACUUUCAACGCGGACGUGUUGACGGGCAUCUCCACGCACCCGAUCUUGGUCGCGUUGACGGUUGCCGGCAUUGCCGGUGCCUCCAUCGUCCCGGUCGUCGAACCGCAAGGGUACUUCCCGUCCGCGUUGAAGGACGGCGUCAUGGGCGUGUACAAGGGGGCCAAGUUGGACGAGAAGUUCACGCCAACUGCCGAAAUGGUUAACGGCAGAGCCGCCAUGGUCGGCAUGGCUGUCUUUUUGUUGACCGCGACCAUCUUCUAA